AUGCAUACGUUUUGCUUUCUGCACCGGUCUGAACUUCAGGUGAGCCUUUAUUUAGCAUCUGGAAAAGAGGGCAACCAAGUGCCUAACCAAAAAACAAUGUUUUGGGUGGUUUGGGUUCGAGGCUCAACUGGUCUCAAAAAUGGCAUUUUUUGGCAAACUUUCCAGGAGCAAAUGAGUCAGCCUCUUUUGCAUUUUUUACUUCCUCAUUGCCGUCGCCUUUUAACUUUCUAAUGUCACCAGAAGGAGGGGAGGGAAGAUAAGGUGCUGUCCAUCCUCGAAGAUUUCAGUUCUGCUGAGAAGUCUAUACAUAUGUAUUUUUUUGGCUACAGUGGAACCCCCUGAAUAUGGUCACCAAUGCAAUGGGCCAAAAAAAUUGGCCCUACUAAUGGUGACUGGUGACUGCGUUAUUGAGGGUUCUUUACAAGAAAAUGUAAGCCCGUAGUAACGAGGUGACCAUAUUACCGAGGUGGCUGUAAGGCGAGGUUCCACUGUAUUUGUUAUUAUUUUUUCUUUUCAGAUGGCAGCAACCUCGUUUAAGGCAGGUUACAAUGCAGUGUUUUCCAACAGACUAGAGUACCUAACAGAUGAAACAACGGUAGAUGAAGUUAGAAAACUCUAUGAUGAUUGGGCAACAAAGUAUGACGAGGUACUUUUGUUUGUUUAAGCAACAGUUUAUUCAGAAAAGUUUGAAAAUCUUUGUGAUUGUGUUCCCGGGAGGUACUUCAUAUAACGCCUUUUUCAGGCUCUAGGUAUAAAGGAUAGGGCUUGUACUAGUCAGAAUUAUUUCAGAAAGGGUAGGGAAAUUUGUCAUUUUGGUCUGUAAAGAGGCCCAAAGGCUAACAGAUGCAUUUUUUGGCUGCUGAAAGGUUCUGGUUUUGUGAUAUAUUCAUAUUUAAAGGACAUUACAUUUACAGCUGUUAAAGGGAUGCAAAGUUCCAAACUAGGUAUGCCAAAGCGGUACCAUUGUCAAUGGAAUUCAUACAAGACAGGUACCUUUUCUGUUUUUCUAACUGUUAUACUGAAAUUGGGUAAGGGGUUGGAGUUUGGGGCAAUCUCAUACUUAGAAUUGUUUGAUGUCGAUCGUGUUUUGCAGGAUAUUCUUGAAGUAGCUCGCUUUAAGGGUUUCAGUCCAAUUGUGAAAACGCUUGAUGAUGCGGUCCAAGAAGAACUAAAGGACUUAACAAAUGAAAAUAUUAAGGUGAUGGACGCAGGAGCUGGAACAGGUCUGGUUGGCGUUGAACUUCAUAAAUUUGGCUUUACUACGAUUGACGCUCUUGACAUUUCACCAGGAAUGUUAGAAGAAGCAAAGAAGAAGAACGUAUACAGGAAAUUCAUUUGCGCCGCAUUGGGUGACCAGCGGAUUCUUGAGAUAGAAACGGGAGAAUAUGACGUUUUGAUCUGUGUUGGAGUGUUCGCUAUUGCGCAUGUCCCUCCCGUGGCUAUUAUGGAGUUGAUAAGGAUGGUGAAAGCAGGUGGAGUUUUUUAUACAAGUGAUUAAGGCGUCUUUGAGCCGCGCACAUCAAACGGAAGUGACGCCUUUUCCCUUUUAAUAUUCCUUGAUGCCACUACAUUUGUAUUGCUAAGUGUCUUUACUGUUGUAAAAGAUGAUUUGCCCAAAGAUUAAGGCAAAACUACUGCCCAAGAAUGCAAACUGUCGACUUCCGGUUGAUUUGCGUCGCGCAAAAACGGUAAAAAGCAACUCGGACGGUGAAGUCCCGGACAUAAAAAACAGUGAUCGGAAGUUAAUAGCUUCUCUCUUUCAGGGCUUUGACUCGGCAAUUUUUGUACUACAGGAAAACUAAGGUAUUCCAACUCGUUGUGUCAGAAAGAAGUGUUCAAGCGUUUAAGCGCUCCAUAACACUUCGUGACAAUUUAAAAGUUGUAGGUGGUGGUGACCACUAAAUGCCGCAAUGAAUUUUGUAGUUUAGAACCGGUUCUUUAGUCAAAAUAUGGGUCUAAAGAAUCUUCACACACCUACUUUUCGAUGUGGUGGCCUCAUUUGCUUACUAUGAUUAUGAGGAAUACUACAAAAAUUUUUGUCAUCUGAUUUCGGUGAACAAUACUAAACUGAAAUGGAUACAGUUUCCGAUAAAAUUGACCUGACCUUUACCAAGUGUUUGUGUAUCGGGGGGGGUGCUUUGGUUUGUUUGUUUUUUGUUUUUGCUUUUGUUUUCGCGUUUGUCAGGACGCAUCCCAAUCUGUUGUUCCUGUGGCACAAAGGCAGAAAUUUUUGAGCUAUCACGGGCUACUACAAAUUAGCCGCCCCUAUUAAUCUUAUCAGGGGCAUCUCGACCGGGAAACUGAACUCCUUUCGACUCGAUUUCGUUUCCGUAAGUGACGAACGCGGAUCCGUAAUCAAUGAUUACCUCUAGUUUUAAACUACUGGCACGUUCCUAUAAAAGAAACGCACUUUUUUGACAGUGCCAAUGUCUUUAGCUUAAAAGUGCAAAAAACUGAGGACAUUAUUUCUACGUCUCCUAAUGGAGACAGGACGGUUGGC